UUUAGAUCACAGAAUCACCCCAAAACGAAAAUGAAACUUCUUCUGGUUCUGGCAUUGGCAGUCUUCGUAGCCCACGUGGCUGUGGCCCAGGCAACUGAUUCGUCUGACGAUGGAGAUUACUCUUACGAUUACGCUGAUGACAACGAUACUACAGGAAACUCCGAAGACAACACUGCAGAUUCUGGAGACAGUACUGAUAGCUCCACUGACGUCGACAGUGGAAACGACUCGGGGGACGUCGAUUCCUAUGACGACUACGAGGGUUCUAGCGAUGUUACGGAAGCACCAACUGCUGCUCCAGUUGCCAAAAAGAACAAGAGGGCUGGUGCCAGGAAAAACAACAGGAACAACAAGAAUAGGGCAGCAGCUAAACGUCGCAAUGCCGCCGCUGCCAAGAAAAAUAAUAACAAGAGGGCGGCUAAGAAGCGAACACCUGUUGCCGCCAAGAAGCGGGCAAAUGCUGGAGCCAACAAACGCAGGCGCUCUGGAUAAAUCCAGUUUAUUAUAU